AUGUUUUACAACCACGAUAUACUCUCACGGCGCAAGACGGGGCUCGGAAUCGUCUGGCUAGCAGCGACGCUAGGAGAUCGAAGCAUCGUUCGUCGUUUGACGCGAAAGGACAUUCUCACCGUCAACAUCGCCGGUGCGUGCGAGUAUGUUCGUCGACCUACCGAGCCUCUAUCCCUUCGACUGUCUAGUCAGUUGAUGUACGGGGUGGUCAAGUUGUUCCUGCAUCGAACCCAGUUGCUGUACAACGACGUCAGUAAUGUGCACAAUGAUGUCAGGAGGACGAUGGUGAUGGGAGAGAGGAUGGAGGUGAGGGAUAUCGAUAUGAAGAAAGGGAUGGUGGGGAGGGACAAGAUUACGAUGGAGUUGGAUCUGGCGUUUUUCACUUUGGAUUUUGAUGCGGUUGCGAUGGGCAUGAUGUAUCGGUGGAGCGUAGAGCCGAUGGAGAGGAGGGCGAGGGAAGAAGAGGUGGACUCGGAGGAUGGCUUUAGAGCGCAGACUCCGGUCUCGUUUGCGGAGGAGGAAGAGAGGAUUACGUUGGCAGGGAGAGGGUUUGAGGAGGACGAACUGGGUCUACCGAGAGGUUUCGGCGACGAAAAUGACUUCGGACCGGUGCUCGGCGACAGCGGAUUCGACGAGGAUGAUGCAGAAGGACUGGAUCUGGGCUUGGAGGGUGCAGAGAUGCCUGCGAUGAGGCCGGAAGUGAUGAUCCCUGGCGCUCCAGAGGGAAUUCAACGUCGAUACGUGGGCUACGAGACAACGGCUAGCAUCGGGCCCAUGUUGGAGUGGCCAGAAUUGGAAGAGAGGCUCACCGAAGAAGCAGCACGCAUGGACAUCGGUCCUAUCAUCGACGGUGUUCCCACCGUCACUCCAUCUCGUCGACGUAGAGACGAAGAGGAAGCAGCCGAGCUCGAGGCGUCUCUUGGACUUGCACCUCGACGUCCUCGACCCGCGCAGCUUUUCGACGAUCAAACGACGAUCUUGAGCGACGACGAGAUGCGUGCUGCUCGCAGCAACUAUCCACAACGCAUGGCCAUGGCAAGAGCCCUUCGGGAGGCUGGAGCACGAAACAGAGCAGCAGACGCUACAGUCAGACAAGCAAUGUUCGGUCCACCCGAAGACAUGUCGCUCGAUCCGAUGCUAGCCGAGAUGUGGCAAACGACCGUGGGGGAGCACCUCGUUUCGCGCCGAGCGAGAUUCCUCGAGAUGCGGGCUGAAGCUACGCUUGCGCCUGCUGACGAUCUGCCACCCGCAAAUCCGCCUCCGACGCCGAUGGAGCUGGACGAAGAGGAAGCAGCCGAAGUUGGCGUGGCACGAGCAGCGGCGGCCGGACCCGAAAUCCCAGCUGCACUUCGGGGCGCCCGCGAAUCUCUUCCAUGGAACGUGUUCAUGGAGCAUCGUCGACGAUCCUCGAUGAUGCCGUCCGUAUCGUAUGAUCGACCUCCGACCAUCGAACGCGAAGCGACACCUCUGCGCCUUCGCGAAGUAUCGGUGGAAACACCCACCGGACUCUGUCGCCUUCCACCACACGAAUCCCCUGUCUUCCCACCCGGGUCACCCUCCUCCGUUGCGCCUCUCGAAAUCUUCGACUUUCCACCCCCUUCCCUCCCCGGCACACCGUCCGUCGAGCGAUUCAGGCUCGGACUGCCCACCGCAGCCACAGCCGCGACCGGCAUCGGAGAGCGAUCUCCCACUCCGCCCAGUCAAAUCUUCCAAAAAGACAUUGAGGAAGAGACACGCAACUUCCGAGAGUAUGCUCGAUCGAUCCGAGCGCAGCUGGAAGAUCCGAAUUUCUUGUUCUUUAGCGAUCUGGCUCCGGUUGCUAGCAGCACGCCGGCGGUGGCAGCGCAGGCGUUCUAUCACACAUUGGCGCUAGCGAGCAGAGGUAGGAUCAAGGUGAAGCAGGAAGAAGCGUAUCAAGAGAUCCACAUCCAACUGCUCGGAGCGUAG